AUGCCUUCUGGCGUGGUUAAGCUGUACCGAAAUAAUAUAUUAAAAACACCAGUAUCAUUUUUUGAUACAACUCCACUUGGACGUAUAUUAAAUCGUCUUGUUAAAGAUACUGAUAUUGUUGAUAAUGUCCUUCCAGUAUAUAUUGGCCUCUGGCUACAUUUAACAUUUAUGGUCAUAAUUCCAGUAUUUAUUAUUUAUUAUUUAAUACUUUGUUUUUAUAUUUCAACAUCAAGACAAUUAACACGUUUAGAAUCAAUAACAAGAUCACCAAUUUAUUCACAUUUUAGUGAAACAAUUAAUGGUGUAAAUACAAUAAGAGCAUAUAAUAUGGAAGAUAGUUUUAUUGAAAAAACAAAUAAUCUUAUUGACAUUAAUAGUAUUUGUUAUUAUCCAUAUGUUAUGUCAAAUACAUGGUUGACAGUUAGAUUAGGAAUAAUGGGUAAUAUAUUAGUAUUUUUUGCAGCAUUAUUUGCUGUUAUUAAUCGUGAAAAUAUAAGUCCAGGUACAAUGGGUUUGUCCUUGACUUAUGCUUUUGUUAUAACGCAAAAUCUUAGUAUGCUUAUUCAAGUAACAUCAUCAAUUGAAUCUAACAUUGUAGCUGUUGAAAGAAUAAAAGAAUACAGUGAUAUACCACAAGAAGAAACAUUAAAAAAAAAUCAAACAACAAUUGUAGAUGAUAGCUGGCCCUCAAAUGGUUACAUUGAAUUUUGUAAUUUAAGUUUACGAUAUAGAGAUGGCCUUGAUCUUGUUUUAAAAGAAUUAUCAUUUGUCAUUAAUGGAAAUGAAAAAAUUGGUAUUAUUGGUCGUACUGGAAGUGGUAAAUCUUCAUUAACAUUGGCUCUAUUUAGAAUCAUUGAAGCUGCUAGUGGUAAAAUUUUAAUUGAUGGAAUUGAUAUAUCAAAAUUGAGUCUUUCAAAAUUACGAUCAAAACUUACAAUCAUUCCACAAGAUCCAGUUUUAUUUGGUGGUAGUUUAAGAAUGAAUUUAGAUCCAUUUGAUAUACAUGAAGAUGAAGCCAUUUGGACAGCAUUAGAAAGAUCACAUUUAAAAUCAUUUGUUACUAACUUACCAGAUAAAUUACAUCAUGAGAUUAGCGAGGGUGGUGAUAAUUUGAGUACUGGACAACGUCAAUUAAUUUGUCUUGCACGUGCAUUAUUGAGAAAAACAAAAAUAUUAAUUUUGGAUGAGGCAACUGCAGGUGUUGAUUUUGAAACUGAUGAUCUUAUACAGCAAACAAUUAAAAAUGAAUUUAGCGAUUGUACUAUUAUUACAAUUGCACACAGACUCAACACUAUCAUUGAUUCAGACAGAGUUAUGGUACUGGAUAAAGGAUCAAUUGUUGAAUUUGAUUGUCCUGAUAAAUUGAUGAAAAAUCAGACAAGUGUUUUUUACAGUAUGGCAAAAAAUGAUGGUCUAGUUGGUUGAAAUAUUAAUUUAUAAUAAUAAUUAUACUAAUAUAUUAUGAACAAAAUGUAAUAUU